GUGACCAAGCGAAACAAAACCCCUAAAUACGAUCCGGACCCCGAUUCACCACAGGCUGACCCGCCGGCGUACCCGAUAUCAACCAGAAGAAUUCAGACUCUCUGCGGCACAAGUUUCAGUUCGCCCAGCCUUUGUCGUUUAGAGGUUCUCGCUUUCAACCCCAAAACAAUGGCGACUGUUAUGCAGAAAAUCAAAGACAUAGAAGAUGAGAUGGCAAGGACCCAGAAGAACAAAGCAACAGCCCAUCACUUGGGCUUGCUGAAGGCUAAACUUGCAAAACUUCGGAGGGAACUUCUUACACCUUCAUCGAAGGGAGGUGGUGGUGCUGGAGAAGGUUUUGAUGUUACAAAGAGUGGUGAUGCAAGAGUUGGUCUUGUGGGUUUCCCUUCAGUUGGGAAAUCAACACUUUUAAACAAAUUAACAGGGACUUUCUCAGAGGUUGCUUCGUAUGAGUUUACUACAUUAACUUGCAUUCCUGGUGUAAUCAUGUAUCGAGGUGCUAAAAUUCAGUUAUUGGAUCUUCCCGGUAUUAUUGAGGGUGCUAAAGAUGGAAAGGGUAGAGGUAGGCAGGUCAUCAGUACUUCUCGGACAUGCAACAUUAUCUUAAUUGUUCUAGAUGCAAUAAAGCCAAUUACUCACAAACGUCUUAUAGAGAAAGAGUUGGAGGGAUUUGGCAUAAGGUUGAACAAGGAACCACCAAAUCUGACAUUCCGCAGGAAAGAUAAGGGUGGGAUCAAUUUUACAUCAACAGUUACCAACACACAUCUGGACCUUGAAACUGUGAAGGCAAUCUGCAGUGAAUACAGAAUCCACAAUGCUGAUAUUAAUCUUAAGUACGAUGCAACUGCUGAUGACCUCAUAGAUGUCAUUGAAGGCAGCAGGGUAUAUAUUCCGUGCAUCUAUGUUGUCAACAAGAUCGAUCAGAUUACACUUGAGGAGCUGGAGAUUUUGGACAAACUUCCUCACUAUUGUCCAAUAAGGUACUACUCCAAGUUCAGCUUUCAUUACUGUACUUCAACAGUUCAUUUGGGUUACAGAAGUUUGCUUUUUGGACCACAAACAAUGCAGAUAGACUUGUGAAUCAAAGCCGUGAAUUGUUACAGAACCAUUUCAUUUGUUGCAUGCGAAAUUAGCAAAUGAAUCAACAUGGUUUGUGGUUUCUUCCACACUAUGUUGAGAGUUCAUGUGUGCAAAUCUUUGACUGGAUAAAACUAUGCAGAAAUAUGUCGUCUUCAAUAGAUUAAUACUUCAUUUUGCAUUUUUUAUGUGCUCUGUUGUGUGACCCUACUUUUU